AUGCAUUUUCUGCUGCCAUUACUUUUUCUAUGCUUUUGGGUGGCGCCGGCGAAUUCGAUCGUUGGUGGGAUAGAAGCAGAAGCCGGCGAUUAUCCGUUUGCCGUCACGCUGCAGGUCUAUAACCAAGUCAAAAAAAAAUGGCUCACCGUGUGCGCCGGAUCGAUAAUCGAUCGCGAAUGGGUCCUCGGAGCUGCGAAUUGUUUCUACUUUGGAAGCCUCGAGACCUACACGUACGCUGUAGCAAUACGAGCCCAACUCAACAAGAAAUGGACUACCACUUGCGGAGGCUCGAUCAUCGCUCCGGAAUGGAUCCUCACGGCAGGGCACUGUUUAUCGAAGAUCGAUAAAAAGCGGGAGGCACUUCCAACAAACCUCUUCCGCGUCUUCGCAGGUGCCAACCAUAUGACUGAUGGUGGCUCACCUGAUCCCGGAGUUCAAAGAAUCGAAGCCAAAAAGUUCCACCUCCAUCCUUUGUACGCUCGCUCAAAGCCGGGGACUGACGAGUUUUCCUAUAACGACAUUGGCUUGAUUCAGCUCCGAAAAGCUAUAAACAUCACCAGCCGUGCGAUGGCGAUCCAAAUUCCCGAAAGUUUUGACUGGGAGAAGCUUGAUUUGCCGCUGGAGUUGGUCGGAUGGGGUCGAUUAGGCGCAAACGCGCCCUACAGCACUGAUUUGCGGAUGAUGACCACGCAGGUGGUACCAUGCGGGAAAAUGGACCCAAACGGGAACCAGCUACCGAAUUCCAUCUGCUACAAGGGGACGAGCUCGAAGGCGCCGUGCUCGGGAGAUUCCGGUGGAGCCAUAGUCCAACGCGGCAGCAGGUGGCUACAACUUGGUGUUCAUACAAAUGGACCGGAAGCUAGCUCGAUCGUGGGCGGUCGUGCCGGUUCCAUCGACAAAUACCCGUUUGCCGUGGCGAUUCGAUAUGUGAUGAAUGGGACAUGGCACCACCAGGCGAUGGGUUCCAUAGUUUCGGAGGAGUGGAUUCUGACGUGCGGUCACUGCGUUGCCCGGCACGAUCGGCCGCAUGAAGCAGCAUUCGCCGGCCAAUUCUUCGUCUUCUCUGGAGCCCAGAAGAUGACGCCCAAGGGAUCACCCGACCCGACUGCUCCUGCUAUGGACAUUGCCGGAUGGGGCAAGCUGGGCGAUGUUUUACCCUACAGCGAAGAUCUCCGGAUGUACAAAGCCAAAUGGGUCCCCUCGUCGAAUUGCCAUCGUGUCUAUAAUCUUAUCUCGGAUGUGGUUUGCUAUGAAGCGCCGAGAUUGACUGGACCUUGUGAGGGCGAUUCCGGAGCCGCUGCCGUUUAUAAGCAGAAAAAUAAGUGGCUGCAACUGGCCGUGCAUCGUGGCGGGGCUCCGAGUUGUGAUUAUGCAAAUUUCCGCGUCGCCUCCGUUAAUACCUACGCAUUUGCCGUCGCGAUACGGUAUAUCGAAAACGGCCAAUGGAUACACUUGGCGAUGGGCUCGGUCAUCGCCCACGAGUGGAUCCUCACGUGUGGGCAUUGUGUCGCGAACCUAAGGAAGCAUAGAGAAGCACUGCCGCCCAGCACGCUGUUCCUCUUUGCCGGCGCGACACGCCUGACUCCAGGCGGCACACCAGAAGCGUCUGUGCAAAUAGUCCAAGCGGCCGAGAUCUUUCUGCAUCCACAAUUCUAUCGAGAUCUUGAGACCGAGGAAUCUGAUAACGACAUGGCACUCGUCAGGCUAAGCCAAUCGCUGAACUUCACCAAGACUGUCAUCCCGAUCCACGUCCCGACGACGUUUGAUUGGGUCGCGCAGCAGCCGACCUUCGAAAUUGCCGGAUGGGGGGAGGACGGGAAUCAAACAGCCCCCCAGUGUGCAACUGAUGAUGUACCACGCGCAAUGGAUCCCACCGAC